UACAUUUACUGGUGCUGAAAGUAUAUACAUAAACAAAACUUUUUAUAAACUUCCUAAAAAUAACUCCUUAUAUGAAUUCUUUUUUAAUAACUUUAAAAAACAACAGAAACUAUAUAACUAAUUAUAAAUUUAAAAAUACAAAUAGACACAGAUAUAUUAACUGCUUCAACCCCCUUUCGCUGUCCGCUUGCGUUUAAUUUCAUAUGUAUUCCUGAAUCGCUCACACAGCAACUAUAAUGUUUACUUCCCGCCGUUCUAUUCGUUACCUCAACGUCCUCGCCGCAAUACCCAUUAACGGCAAUUCUAAAACCACCACUUGUAUUUUUAGCAUAGCUAGAUUUCAUUACCGUUAUGCUCAGGCCUAUAACUUGUUCGAUACAUUUCCUCAAAGAGAGCUAUACUCUCUCAACUCUCAACUCGCUUCUUUUACUCGUAACGGCAACUUUCUUGCCACUUGGUCUCUCUUUUGCGACAUGCAUUCUGCUUGCCUUGAGUUUGAUCCUCACACUUUCACCCCACUUCUCUCCGCUUGCUCUGCUUUGCUUGACCCAAAACGCGGGAAGCAAGUCCAUGCUUUGAUGAUAAAAAAUGGAAUUGAUUUAGGAACUGUUACUAAAACUGCAGUUGUUAAUAUGUAUUCCAAGUAUGGUUACUUGAGUGAUUCGAUUAAGGCUUUUGAAGAAGUGGAAUACCCAGAUGUUGUAACUUGGAAUUCUUUGCUUUCAAGCUUUUUAAGGCACAGUCUUGUGAAGGAAGCAUUUGGUGUUUUUGGAGCAAUGAGGAAGGAAGGAGUGGAAUUUAGUGAGUUCACAUUGUGUUCUUUGCUUAAGGCUUGCACCUCUUUUAAGGCUUUUCGACUAGGUAAACAGGUUCAUGGCUUGGUAGUUGUGAUGAGUCGUGAUUUGGUGGUUUUGGGUACUGCUCUUAUUGAUUUUUAUUCUAGUGUUGGGCAUGUUAGUGAAGCAAUGAAAGUCUUUUCUAGUUUGAGUUGGAGAAAGGAUAAUGUGAUGUGUAAUUCUUUGAUUGCUGGAUGUAUUCAGAAUAGGCAACAUAAACAGGCAUUUGCAAUAAUGAGUACUAUGAAACCAAAUGUUGUUGCACUUACUAGUGCUCUUGUAGCUUGUUCUGAGAAUUCAGAUUUGAGGGUUGGGAUGCAGAUUCAUUGCGUGGCAACACGUUUUGGUUUUACCUCAGAAACUCAAUUAUGCAACAAAUUAGUAGACAUGUAUGCAAAAUGUGGAAAAAUUUUGACAGCUAGAUCAUUGUUUGAUAGGAUUCGUGAUAAGGAUGUAGUUUCUUGGACUAGCAUCAUUGAUGCAUAUGGAAGGCAUGGGCAUGGGCAGGAAGGCUUGGAACUGUUCAAGAAGAUGGGACAGGAGGGAACUAUGAUCUCACCUAAUUCAGUGACUUUUCUUGCUGUUUUAUCAGCAUGUGGGCAUUCAGGAUUAGUCGAAGAAGGCCGAGAGCUUUUCAAUUUGGUGAGGGAAAAAUAUGGUCUGGAGCCAGGUGUAGAACAUUAUUCUUGCUGCAUAGAUAUCUUAGGCCGAGCUGGCAGAAUAGAGGAUGUAUGGCACCUUUUUCAUGAUAUGAAUAAGAAUGGCACUAGACCUUCAACUGAAAUAUGGGCAGCAUUGCUGAAUGCUUGCAGGCUUAAUCUGGAUGUCUUGAGGGGUGAGUUUGCAGCAAAGCAGUUGUUGGAAUUACAACCAAAUAACCCAGCGAAUUAUGUAAUGCUUUCAAAUUUCUAUGCAUCAGUUGGAAGGUGGGACUUAGUAGAAAGCUUGAGAAGCCAUAUGAAAGAUAAUGCACUAAUUAAAGAGGCAGGGAGUAGCUGGGUUUCUGUUGCACAUUGAUUCCAACUUAACUAUAAAUUUGAAAAUGAAGAAGUGUUUAAAUUUCUUCACCUUUUAGGCACCGGAUGAUCUGACAAGCAAAAAAAUUUUUUGAGAGGCAGAGACACUGUGAAUGAGAACAGAAUAAAAGACAAAAGAGGUUUGUCAAAGAUAAAAGAAUGAGAAGAGAUUAUACGAGACUAGAGAAGGAAGAAUAACAGAGGAGCCUGAAAGAGACUAGAGAAGGAAGAAUAAUAUAGGAGCCUGAAAGAGACAAUCCCCAACAGUGUGUUAAUGGAUGUCAAAAGGCCGCAUCUAAUUGCACCCAGGCACAAGAAUAUUGUAGCGAUUCAAGAUGUAGAAAUUCUACUGGUCACAGAGCAGCACCAUAAUAGGUUUGCUUUGGCUGUUUAUGGGCAAGAGUGCAAUGAUGACAGUGAUGCAAUCAAUCUCAAAGUCCAAGUUAGCAAAUCCAAGCUCCAGCGCCAUCUGGAUUCCAAAACGCAUAGCUUGAGCUUCUGCAACUUCAAUGUCAAAACAGGCUUAGUCCUUUUCAAACCCUGCUGCUGUUGCUUCCCCUUUGUGGUUUUACACCAUUAAGACGAGUUCCAGCUUCCCUGAAGAGCCAAGCGUCUGCCUUAAGUUUGCAUUGACCAUCAGAUGGAGAUGUCCAUUUAUUGGGUCUGCUAUGCAGAAAGAUCUGAACCUCAGAGGUGUAGAGCUAGAUUACAGAGAUGCUGAAGAACAGCUGAACUUGUGGUGUGAUUUUCAUUCCUUAAUAGCACAGGAAAAACUCCAGCAGAGAAAACAUUCGUGAACCUCUAGCUCAGGGAAAAGGCAGAGAGCAAUAUAUUAGCAAAGUCUAGAUGGUACUAUCAGGUCAAGUACAGAAGAACUGGACUUGCUUGCAUUGUUUUGAAUGACAUAUUCUUCUGUUGGCAGAUACUUGGGCUUCAUAGUGAUCGGUGCCAGUUCUACGUACUGAAGCUGCUUUAACUUAAGCUUACAGAAAAGCUACUCUUGUGUAAAGUCAAGACAAAUUACAACUAUGUGAUGCCAUCAUUCAGCUGAUGCAUAAUUGUAAGAAGUUCAUUACUCUCUCCAAGGUGCAAUCCUGGCAUUCUAAAUCAUAUAAAUAUAAAUUGAAUGCUCAAAAAUUAACACUGAAUGCUUUACAAUCUUAAUCUGGAUAUUUUAAUGUGUGACUUAGCUGCAGAGUGACCCCUUGGAAUUGGAAAAAGAAAAUUUCAGGGAAGUUUCUGCUUCUAAAAUUUCCUUUACAUCUUCUUCUAUGCUUAUUUUUUUAUCCCUGCCAUUUUCUAGAUGCUCAACUAAGUUAAGCUAGAGGUGUAUUUGAGUAUCCAGAACUUAUGAUAUUUGGUCAAGCUAUUUUUCUUGACAAUGACUUCUUGUUAAAAAGGGAAUAAAGAUUGAACUAGCCUCAAGAAAGUUGCGAAA